AAUGAAAAACAAGUUAAACGCAGUUGUACUCAUUAAGAGCGCUCACAUUCAGUUGACUCGUCGAUAUAUUGAGUCGUAUUUCGACGAUGAUUUUGAAACUCAGUCUGCUCAUCACUUUCGUCUUUGUGACUAACUGCGCGGCAAGGGUGGAAAAGGACGAAUCUUUUAACAUAGAAAAUGUGUGGAGAAAAACUGCUUGCAAGUCCACACCGCAUUGGUUGAACGGAGUGCAGAAGUAUUACAAUGACAUCAUCAUAACUUUCGGUUCAUUUCCCAGCGAGGUGUCGGGCGAAGCUGAAUUGGUGGUAGAGACAUUUCAAGCUCUCCUGACCAAACUCGUUGAUUCCAGCAAUUCAAGGUCAGAAAUUCUGUCAACAGGAGCGACUACAGUCUUAGAAGCUUUUAGCCGGAUUAAAAUAGCCGAACAGAGUGCACAAGGUAUCAUUAACGAGUUCUAUCGAGUGUUACCCAUUCUAAUGAAAGCGUACAGAGGGAUCGCGACAUAUUACACGCCAGUAAUCGGCACUGAACUGGUGAGUGCAGUGAACAAUGCCCUUAACAAUCUCGAAUGUGCCUGUGAGCUGUACGUGGAGAAAUUCAAUGCGGGUGAUGGAAACGGUAGGAAAAUAGCAGUUGACGACGAGCCGGUUAGAAAAAGUGUACAAAAUCUCGAAGAUACCAUAACGCUAAACGGCGAUGUUAAGCUCAGCAAACAUGAAUUGGCCGAUCGGAAAGUUCAGAAUGCGUUGCUAAUACUCAGUCUGAUAUUGGAUCAUAUGAUCAUCUGUAAACACGGCCUCAGAAGCGCUAGUGAGACCAUACUGUUGGAACAAAAAGCAUAAAGAGUCAACCAACCGCAGGGCUUAGUUUUCUGAAUUUAAAUUAUGCAAAAUUCCGAAAAUUUCUGAAAUUCCUAGAAAAAAAUCAGAAUUUUAAAUUCCCAACACUGCCCUGCCCAACACUGCUUUGUUCUGAUUUUAAUUUUAUCAUUCAUCGUCAUUUAGUGUUAUGGCUAGGUUUUCCCCUUAAUCACCUUGGAGCGAAAUUGUAUCUCUUGAUUUGAAUAAAGAAAAUCAAAUUUCCACUAUGCGGGAAAAGGAGAACGAAUAAAUAUAAUUGAAGGUGUAAACAAAACAGGUGUAGUGACGAGUCUAAAGACAAUAAACAACAAAUUCGAGUGUUAGUACAGUCUGUGUUGGCAAACAA